GGCAUUUGAUACUCUGGCAAAAGCAUUAAAUCCAGGAGAGAGUGCAGCGUGCCAGAACUCUGAAAGUAUUGAAGCCAGUGUACAGCUGAUUGGUGGGGAAACAAGCAUGAAUAUCGUUGAAAUAGAGGGGCCACUACUCAGUGAUGCACAUGUAGCAUUCAGGCUCACCAUGCCUUCUCCUAUGCCUGAAUAUCUUAACGUUCACUAUAUCUGCGAGUCUGCCUCCAGGUUGCUUUUCUUGUCCAUGCACUGGGCACGUUCCAUUCCAUCUUUUCAAGCUUUAGGACAGGAUAACAGCAUAUCAUUAGUAAAAGCCUGCUGGAACGAACUUUUUACGCUUGGUCUUGCACAAUGUUCACAAGUUAUGAAUGUGGCAACUAUAUUAACUGCAUUUGUUAAUCACCUUCAUGGCAGUUUACAGCAAGAUAAGCUGCCAACAGACAGAGGAAAAUUAGUAAUGGAGCAUAUCUUCAAAUUGCAAGAGUUCUGUAACAGCAUGGUUAAGCUUUGCCUAGAUGGUUAUGAAUAUGCAUAUUUGAAAGCAAUCGUCCUCUUCAGUCCUG